GGUCCCUCGCAGCAACACCCUUCCAAGAUGGCAGCCAACAGUAGCAGCACGGGUAGCAAAUCCAGCAACAGCAGCGGUGGGAAACAGUCCGGCCCGUCAGCUGAACAGGUGGUGGCAACAUUUCAGAGGAUGCGUCAGGAACAGCGCAGUAUGGCUUCUAAAGCUGCAGAGUUGGAGAUGGACAUCAACGAGCACAGCUUAGUAAUAGACACAUUGAAGGAGGUGGAUCCAUCGAGGAAAUGCUUUCGUCUAAUAGGAGGAGUGUUGGUGGAGAGGACAGUAAAAGAAGUUCUACCUGCCUUGGAAAACAAUAAAGAACAGAUCUCCAAAAUAAUCGAGUCCAUCAACUCACAGAUGCAGACGAAAGGGCGGGAGCUCACAGAGUACAGGGAACGCUACAACAUACGUUUGGUGGGAGAGGGCGAAGGAGAGGAAAAGGGCCAGUCAGCCGCUCCCUCCAGGGACAGCGAAGGAGGCGGAUCCAAAAGCGGAGCCGGUGUUUUAGUUUCAUAGGUAGUGAGCAUGGACAGUGACAGCAGGGCCCUUUGAUUUCUGCAGUGCUGAACACGUAGAUGGAGUCACACAGUUUAGGUGGAAAACAAACUCUUUGCAGGAUAACUCUGGAUUUGAAGUUUACUGAAAUCUCUGCUUAAUCUAACGCACUUGUUAAUUUGCAGCAGGUGUAUUCUGCUUCCUUAUGUUCAGUGUGAAAGUUAAAGCUGUCUUAUGUUUGCCUUUUUUAAUGCUGAAAUACUGUGACAUCAGUUCACUGAUUGAAUUCAACCACCUGAACAUUUACCCGCACUCACACAGGAGCAGCUAAAAAUAUGAUUUUGCUGUCUUAAGAUUAUUGAAAGUGUUUUUUCCACACAAUAAUGAUAAUGUGCUAAUGUGUUUGGCCAAAAUUAAAGAGUAAUUUAGAAAAGUAAGAAGAAAUGGGACACCUAAACAUCCAGUAAAAUAAAUCAUUUUGAAAGAUGUGCAAAAGUUCAUGUCCAUGAAGGCAUUUAAAAAGCACUCGUCUUUAGCAUGAACAUCUAAAUUUACUCUAAGUACAUCAUCAGACUUAACAACAGACACGUUACAUUCAGCCUCCCUCUGUGAGAGUUCGUUUCCUCUGAGCUCGUUUAGCUCCACACAUGAGCCAUGUAGAGUAUUAGCUCUGAAUGAGGUUGGUUUGUGUUCAGGGGUGAUGAACCUGGAAGUGUAACUGUCACACCUUAAUAAUAAAAACCCACCAUAACUGAGGAAAUGCCUCCUAGGACCCCCUGAGCACUGUCCACACGGUUAAUGUGUUGUAAGGCCUUUGUUUUUGUUAAUGAUCAUGAAUAAAAAAUGUCACAGUUGUGUUU